AUGGUUUGUAUCAGGCGAGCAACGGUGGACGAUCUUCUCGCGAUGCAAGCUUGCAACCUAAUGUGCCAUCCCGAGAACUACCAGAUGAAGUACUACCUCUACCACAUCCUCUCUUGGCCUCAGCUUCUCUACGUCGCCGAGGACUACAACGGUCGCAUCGUUGGGUACGUCCUCGCCAAGAUGGAAGAGGAGAGCAACGAGUGCCACGGCCACAUCACUUCCCUCGCCCUUCUCCGCACCCAUCGCAAGCUCGGCCUCGCCACUAAGUUCAUGACCGCCGCUCAAGCCGCCAUGGAACAGGUUUACGGGGCAGAGUAUGUUUCAUUGCAUGUGAGGAGAAGUAACAGAGCAGCGUUCAAUCUGUACACGGAGACAUUAGGCUACCAGAUUAACGAUGUGGAAGCUAAGUAUUACGCUGAUGGAGAGGAUGCCUAUGACAUGCGAAAGAAUCUCAAGGGUAAGCAGAUUCAUCACCACGCAAGCCACGGCCAUCAUCAUCACCACCAUGGAGGUGGGUGUUGUUCAGGUGAUGCUAAAGUUGUUGAAACAACUCAAGCUGAAGAUGCUAAAGCAACAAGUUCCAAACAGAGCGUUGCUGCUCGUGUUAACAGCCACUCUUGCCGGAGACGGUGCUCUACGAGACGCUGCCCUUGCCGGUGA